AAGCUUGGUCGGGUAGACGGGUACGGGCCGGAAUAACCAUCAAUGGCUUAGUGAGGUACUGUUAAUCUCUGUCUCUCUGCAAUUUCGGUCUUCAAUCCCAGAAACGCAAACAGCUUAAAGAAUUUGGGGUGAAAAACUGUGAUCAGAGAUCUUGAAGCGUCAAAAUCCAAAAUUCGAGGAGGUAAAGAAUUGAAAGAAGGAGAUUGAGGCACGCAGAAAAUGGGAUUGGGUGCAUUAGCAUCGAAGGUCGUGCGACCCACCUCAAGGAUGCUGGGUUCCCAGAAUCCAGGGAACCUGCUACUUCGAACCAUAGUUACCAAACCGGAGCUUCGGAAGCCGGAAGCUGCGGCUGCUCAAGCCCAACCGCAACAGCCUCCGGCCGAUCUUCCGCCGCGAACUCCGGUCGGCGGAGCUAGAAUCCACUUCCCCAAUCCAGAGGAUGCUCUUGAGGUCUUUGUUGAUGGGUAUCCAGUCAAAAUCCCCAAGGGCAUGACUGUUCUACAGGCAUGUGAGGUUGCGGGUGUUGACAUUCCACGCUUUUGCUAUCACAGUCGGCUAUCGAUCGCCGGGAACUGCCGUAUGUGUCUUGUUGAAGUGGAGAAGUCUCCUAAGCCUGUUGCUUCUUGCGCCAUGCCCGCCCUUCCGGGUAUGAAAAUUAAGACUGACACACCUCUGGCAAAGAAGGCUCGAGAAGGGGUGAUGGAAUUUCUUUUAAUGAAUCAUCCAUUGGACUGUCCAAUUUGUGAUCAGGGUGGGGAAUGUGAUCUUCAAGAUCAAUCAAUGGCAUUUGGUUCUGAUCGAGGUCGGUUCACUGAAAUGAAGAGAUCUGUGGUGGAUAAAAACCUUGGUCCUUUGGUGAAGACUGUGAUGACUCGGUGUAUUCAAUGUACAAGGUGUGUUAGAUUUGCAACAGAGGUUGCAGGAGUUCAGGAUCUUGGCAUGCUUGGCCGUGGCAGUGGAGAAGAGAUUGGAACAUAUGUUGAAAAACUUAUGACUAGUGAACUUUCUGGAAAUGUGAUAGAUAUCUGUCCUGUGGGAGCACUUACUUCAAAGCCUUUUGCAUUUAAAGCUCGGAAUUGGGAGCUGAAGGGAACAGAGAGUAUUGAUGUUACUGAUGCUGUUGGAUCCAAUAUUCGAAUUGAUAGCAGAGGACCAGAAGUUAUGCGCAUUGUACCUCGUUUAAAUGAGGACAUAAAUGAAGAAUGGAUUUCAGACAAGACUCGCUUUUGUUAUGAUGGUUUGAAGAGGCAGAGAUUAAAUGACCCUAUGGUUCGUGGUCCUGAUGGGCGCUUUAAGGCUGUAAGUUGGCGUGAUGCCCUUGCUGUGGUUGCAGAGAUUGCCCACCAAGUUAAAGCAGAAGAAAUUGUUGGAAUUGCUGGCAAACUUUCUGAUGCUGAGUCUAUGAUGGCGCUAAAAGAUUUCUUGAACAAAAUGGGAUCAAAUAAUGUAUGGUGUGAAGGAGUAGGUGUAAAUACCAAUGCUGAUUUAAGGUCAGGGUAUCUUAUGAAUACAAGCAUUGCUGGUCUUGAGAAAGCAGAUGUUUUCCUAUUGGUUGGAACCCAGCCACGGGUGGAAGCUGCUAUGGUUAAUGCCAGAAUACAGAAGACUGUGAGAGCUUCCCAAGCUAAGGUUGGAUACAUUGGGCCUGCUACUGAAUUCAACUAUGAUCAUCAGCAUCUUGGUACCGACCCCCAAACGCUACUUGAAAUUGCGGAGGGUCGACAUCCAUUUUUCUCAACUAUUUCAAAUGCUAAAAACGCUGCCAUCAUUGUGGGAGCUGGGGUUUUUCAGAGGAAUGACAAGGAUGCAAUUUUUGCAGCUGUUGAUACCAUUGCAGAAAAGGCAAAGGUUGUCAGACCUGACUGGAAUGGCCUUAAUGUACUGCUUCUCCAUGCUGCCCAGGCUGCUGCACUAGACCUUGGGCUUGUGCCGCAGUCCGAAAACAGCAUCGAGUCUGCAAAAUUUGUGUAUUUGAUGGGUGCUGAUGAUAUAAACUUAGACAAGAUCCCAAAUGAUGCUUUUGUUGUAUAUCAAGGUCACCAUGGGGAUAGCAGUGUUUAUCGUGCUAAUGUCAUCUUGCCAGCGGCAGCCUUCAGCGAGAAGGAAGGGACAUAUGAAAAUACUGAAGGAUGUUCUCAACAAACAUUGCCUGCAGUUCCAACAGUUGGUGAUGCCAGAGAUGAUUGGAAGAUAAUUAGAGCUCUGUCUGAGGUUUCAGGAGUGAGAUUGCCCUAUGAUACAAUCGGAGCUGUUCGCUCUCGAAUCAGAACUGUGGCGCCAAACCUUGUGCAGAUGGAUGAGAGAGAGCCUGCUACUUUUCCAGCUUCUCUGAAACCUAAAGUCUCUGGUAAAAUGAGUUUGAAGACUCCUUUUGGAGCUGCAGUGGAGAAUUUCUACAUGACUGAUUCCAUUACCAGGGCAUCAAGGAUAAUGGCCCAAUGCAGUGCUAUGCUGUUGAAGAAGUAAAGAAUUGAUUUUUCGUUUUUGCCCUUUCCCGAGUCCAAAUAAGAAAUGCAGAUUCACGUAUUUCUUUUCCUGGACAUUCAAGCCACAGUGCUAGGCCAGAUUGGAAUUGCAUAAUAAAACUUAGACAGUAUCUGUUCCAUGUAUAUUAUGCAAUGUAAAAGCAUUACUUUUGUAUUAUUAUUAUUAUGCAAUAAAACUUAAACGGUAUAUGUUCCAUGUGUAUUGUGCAAUGUAAAAGCAUUACUUUUGUAGA